UUGAAUCCAUUUCUCCCCAGAUGUUAUGAAGACGUUUACUUCUCUCCUGGACGUGAUGAUGAAGAUACUUUUAAUAACUUUUCUCCUGUUUCCUGAAACUAUCCUGGGAGAGCAUCAUCUCACCUGCCCUCAGACGAUAGAGGCAGCAGAAGGGGAAGACGUCAAUAUACAGUGUGGUCUGGACCCCCCCGUCAACUUGUCUGACUACACGCUGGAUGUGGCGAGAGAGAGAGAUGACCAUGGUAACUAUGAUGAUGUCUACUCUUACCGACGGGGAAAGGAUCACCUGGAUGACCAGAUGGGUCGAUACAGAGGCAGAACAACUCUCAACCAUGAAGACCUGAUCAGAGGAAACGUGACGCUGAAGAUCUCCUCAGUAAAUCUUUCCGACAGUGGAAAUUACAUAGUCUUUCUCAAAAAGCUGCAAGCCCCUUCUGUUAUUAACAUCACUGUUGUUUCCAAAGACCAAGCGAACAGGACAAAGAGAAAUGAUUCCAGCACAUCUGGACCUCCAGUGGAAGAAGAGACCGAGUCAGACCAUCGGGGGGAUGGUGAGAACAGGAAGACUGCCCGUGCUGUUAUCCUUCCCUCUGUUCUCCUCCUCUGGAUUCUCCUGGUUCUGGUUCUGCUUCUGAUGAGAGGAAGGAAGGAGAAAAAUCCAGAGACCGCAGCGAACAGAUAUGAAGAGAAAAACCUGAACAUGGAAGCAGCAAAAGCAGAUGAAGACCUGGAGAGAGCUGCAGGAAAUCUCAUCUGAGAGCUUUAGUGAAGGUCGGCCAUCAAACGAUAUGGACAAUCAUUUUACAAAUUUUACACAAAUAUUGAUUUAAACAUAUUUGUUUUUACUUGUCAUUUAGUUACCAGACGGAUAUGACUCCUUUUAGUACCCGGGGUAUUCCUGCAUGUGUACACCUUGAC